UUGACAAAACAGAAUAAGCAUCAACAUAAGCACGUGCGGUUAUUUUAUUUGCAACAAUUUGUGCAUUUGAUUUAAAUUUUAAUAAUUUAUUAAAAGUGAUUGUCUAAAUUAUAAAUAUGAAAAUUCGUAAGAAUCACAUUGGGAAGCGUUAUCGCUACAAUGUUAACAGAAAACGCCUAAAUAAAACUCGAAAUAAUACAGGAAAAAUUAAGUGCCCCGAAGUAAAAGAGCAUUGGAAUGAUAGAAGACUUCCGAACAAGAACUACUUUGACAUGGGUUUAGCUACAGAUUCGAACAAAAGUAUUCCUAUGCCGAAUUUUAAACAGAAUCGUUUGAAGAUUAUCAAGUUGGCAAAUGGCUUUGUCGAAGAAGAUGUAAAUGAAGAACCCGCACCAAAACCACGUCGUAAAGCUUUUGUUGCAGAUAUUCUCGAAAAAGAAGCCAAUGAAUUUAGGGAGCCAAAAUUAAGAUUGCCAAAAGGACUGUGUACUGUGCUUACAUAUUUCAUUGAUAAAUAUCAAUUAAAUUACAAAGCUAUGGUCAAUGAUCGGAAGAAUUUCGAUCAAUGGACAUGGAAACAGUUUCGCAUGAAAAUUCGUAAGUUCAUGUCGAUUCCAGAACAAUUUAAUUUGUACUUGAAGGAAAGAGAAAUCGAUCGGGAGAGCUUGGGCAAUGAAUACGAUUCCGAAAGUGAAUGGAAGUAAUAUUAGGCUAUUUUAAGUACUUUAGAUAGGAUGUUAAUGUUUUAUUUCAUUAAUUUUAAAUAAACAUAUAUUUGUCAAAUGUC